UCAGUUAGGUCGAACAAACUUCAUUUUGGUUUAAAAUUUUAAUACUCAACAUUUUCAAGUGGUUUUUAUCUCCAAAUUAUUUGCAAAAAGCGUUUUAAUAAAUAACAAUAACAUGGAUUCCUCGGCCUGCAGCAAUUCUAUUUCUAGCAGUCUAGCAGAUGGGAAUAGCGGCACCGGUUCAGAAAUGAGUGGCUCAAACGGAGAGGGAAGCGAGAGGGAUGUUUGCCAAAUAGAUUGUUGCGACCAAGAGGACGAUACGCGUCCACCAUAUGUUAGGGUGAUGCCGGAGGACAGGCGCUACGGAGUAGUCGUCACAAAUGAUGAGGAUCCCUGCGAUUGUGAUUUCAACUGCUUUCUAAUCUUCUUGGUCGAGCGGUUCGAGCAAUCCGACGAAGUGGGGUCUCUCGCUUUUAGCGAGUGUACCUCUAUAGAGCCAUUCGGUUGCAACCUUCUUAUAGUCUGCAGAGACGAUUGUACUAAGGAUUGGAUUAUUCGGGAAACUCGAACCGUAUGUCCUCCAUUCAAGUGCACCACCUUUAUUAGGCACUUUGAACUGGUGAGGGUCUCCUUUGUGAUCCCCAUGGUAGUCCAUAAGCGCCUGUGCAGGAUUUUUAACAUUUUUGAGAGACAGAACGCUGGCCUGGGCACUGGGAAGUGGUGCGUUGUGGGAAAUUCUGAAUUGGAUCCAGACAGUGAAGACUAUCAUUCGAAAGUGGUUUAUGAAGGAGCACAAAACAUUGAAAUAACGUGCUACAUUGACGAAGAUAGCGCUGAAUAUAUCAAGAAAAGGUGUUCCAUGAUCCGCUUCCUUGUCUGGCACCUAUUUGUUGAUUUUUGCCCUAAAAAGUGAAAAGUGUAAACCGUCCCGAGUGAUCACAAAUCGAAAUUUUGCGUGUAUAUUUUGUAUAUGUAUUUAUUCGUAUAAAAAGUUUAAUUUUUAUAAAAGGCGAAUAAUAAUAAAUUCAUAUUUUGCAUAAA